UCGAAUUUUUCUAAUAAAUAAAAUUGCUGGCUGGAUUAAUUUCAAAAAUUUGAAUUUCAAGAUAUCCUUCUGCUUCUCUUCUGAAAAAACAUUCUACUUUUGUUUUCAUCCUCACUUUCCUAUCGGACACCACUCCACCAUCAAAUGGGGAGUAUUUGCUGAUUCUUUUUAAUUUUAAACCAAAUUUUUGAUACAUUUUUUUUGAUAUUCCUAAAGUAAAAUAGAAUCUAAAUUAGUAAAAUGGAUAAAAGUAAUGAACCGAACAAUUGCGGGUGUAAGAAGUGUUUCUGCGCAAGAUGUUUCCUUCCAAUUGACCCGGAAGAUAAGGUGGACAUCGAGGGGCAAAACUUCCAUCGAUUAUGCAGUAUGUGCUGUAUCUGCCGAACUAUCCCAACGUCAUUGAAGAUGUUCUACGGCCAUGUCUUCUGCAACGAAUGCUUCAAAAAUCACGUGUUGAAUAGGUUUAAGGGGGAGCCACCUCGCAUGCACUCUAACAGUUGGUGGAUGCACUGGGCGCCUGGCGUGCACGCCGGACCCGAAGCCAAGAAGCCGGAGGGCGAGGCUGAGGAUGAGAAUGCUAAGGAGAAGGACACUAAGGAUGAAGCACCGAAGUGUCAAACCGAGGAGCCUCAGAAGCGAUGCAUCUGCGCGCGUUGCUUGCAGGCUGUCGACGAGAGCACGAAGGUGGACAUUGGCGGGCAGAGCUUCCACCCUCAAUGUGCUCGAUGCUACUUCUGCCACACGGUUCCGACAAACAACGUGAAGAUCUACUACGGGCAGGUGUUCUGUGAGGAUUGCUUCAACCGCUACGUGCUGGCCCGCAACAAGGAUACGCCGGCCGAGCACCUCCGCAGCUGCUUCGAGCAGUGGCAGAACAAUAGCCAGUUUGCGGAGACGAUGCGCGAGUUCAUGAAUGGCAACAAGGAGGCUUCCCCCAUCGUGUUUAUGAUGCAGGGCGCGCACCCGCCCUUCUGCCGUUGCGGCACGAAUCCCCAAAACCGGGAGUGGUUCCAAGCUAACGAGCCGAAGAAAUCUGCUACCCCAGCCACGUUGUCUAUCGGCGGUGAAUCGUUCGGCACGUGGGACCUCUCAUUCGAAAACCGCACCGAGGUUUCUGACCUACCGGAGUCCCGAAGUCGAGAAUCAGCAAAUCAAGAAAAUUUGGUCGUGGCUGCAGCUGAAAAAAUCGAAAAGCUGACAAAAUACCUACAAGACAACUCUGAUUCUGAAAAAUAUUCCAAAAAAUGGAAAAAUUUCGUCGAAUACGAUAAAUCUUCGAUGGUAUCCGAGAUGGAGCCGUCGGGAUUUGGAUGGGUCGAUCUGCAAGACCCGAAGGUCUUAAUGAAUUGUCCUAAGUGUUUGUGGCAGUGUGGUCCUAUUUUUGUAGACAGUGAAUAUUUUCAAAAAGAAAUCGUUUGUUGCGGAGAGCGUCUCUUUUGAAUAAAAUGUGGUGU